AUCGUCUCCCAUCCUGAAGUACCUUCUGGUUUCUUCUCCCUCGUGUGUUCUGACCUCUCUAGGACAGCUAGCCGUUUAUCUUUUCCUUUUUUCUUUUUAAGCUGAAGGUUAAUGCAUUACUAUCUUUAUCUAACUCCAGCACUUUCCAGAAGCCUCUGUUUUUAAGCUGAAAUACACAUUGUCUCAGGCCAUAUUUUAUUUUCCAAUAAAGACUAGAGUUUGUUCCAUUUGGUUCCCUGCUUUUUAACAUUUUAGGUUUUACACCUGCACUCCAAAAAUGAAGAUUUCCAAAGACUGACAUUUUUAUGGCAUCGACCUAUUUACUGAUUUCACAUAUUACCAAGUUGGCGUCCUCCCCCAGUUCUGAAUUCAGCAUCCCACUGCUGUCCUUGUUAGCAGCCUGGUGGCCUAAGCCUGGAUUUGUGGGCGCCUGCUGUGGUGAACAGUUUGAGCACUAACAGCAGAGAGAGAGGAUCACCAGAGGGACAGACGUGGCCUGUGCUAUUCGGAUCCCCAACAGCUCCCGAGUAUGAAAAUAGCUGGUCCCGAUGUGUUUAGUUCAAAGAGUUUUGCCCUUCAAGCCCAGAAGAAGAUUCUGAGCAAAAUAGCCAGCAAGACCGUGGCCAACAUGCUGAUUGAUGACACCAGCAGUGAGAUCUUUGAUGAGCUCUACAAAGUCACCAAAGAGCACACCCACAACAAGAAGGAAGCCCACAAGAUCAUGAAAGACUUAAUCAAGGUGGCCAUCAAAAUCGGGAUCCUCUACCGGAACAACCAGUUCAACCAGGAGGAGGUUGCCAUCGUGGAGAAGUUCAGGAAGAAGCUGAACCAGACCGCCAUGACCAUCGUCAGCUUCUAUGAGGUGGAAUACACCUUCGAUAGGAACGUGCUCUCCAAGCUCCUACACGAGUGCAAGGACCUGGUGCAUGAACUGGUGCAGCGACACCUGACCCCCAGGACCCACGGGCGCAUCAACCACGUCUUCAACCACUUUGCUGAUGUGGAGUUCCUCUCCACCCUUUAUAGUCCGGAUGGAAACUGUAGACCCAGCCUCAAGAGGAUGUGUGAAGGAAUCAACAAAUUGCUAGAUGAGAAAGUCCUCUGAAUAUCUUCCCUCCUCCUGGACUUUGCUGCGUUCCAGUCACAGCCCCCCAGUGUGGUCUGGGUGAGAGUCAAGAAAACGGGAAGAAACCCUCGUCGAAGACACCCAUGUUCUGUCCUUUUCAUCCCUCUGAUGUGGAUGCCGAAUUGAGCUCAGGUGUGUUUAUCCCCUGAGCUUGCUGACGAGGUCUGUACUUUAAAUCAACUUUGUUUGCGAGCCCAAAGGACAUGUCUUCUAUGCUAAGCAGAAAGGCUGCCCUGCUCAUCAAGGAGAGCUCAGUUCAUCUGUGGAGUAGAAGGAGCCCUGGCCCAGGAGGCAGGGGACAUGGGUUUGGUUCCCAGCUCCACGAGUUACGACUCCAUCCUCUGGAUCCUGCCCGCCUGCCUGCUCCCUGGGCUGCUGUGAGGAUCAAAUGAAACAAUGUAUGUUCGCGAUUUUGAAAACGCUAAUGUAGGGUCUUCUUUUCCCUUCAGAGUGUGAGAGGAAUCCACUUGGAUCUCUAGACUAUUAAGCAGCAGAGAACAGAACAAUAGGCUCUGGUGGGCUGGGUUUGCAAUCUGUCUCUAGAUGUGCUAUUUCAAACAAAUUUAAAAUGAAUCUAAAGGUGUGAAAAAGUAUAGCUGCACAUUGGGAAAAUGUUUUUCAAAAGCUGUUUUCUGGAUCUUAGAUGUGCGGUUUUAUGAUCCUCCAGCGGGCGGGUAGAGUCCCACCCGUCACUCAGAAGCGGAGAACUGUGCUCCCUGCAGGACCACCCUCCCUCCUCUAAGGGGCACAGUCCGUGAGGCACAGGAGGGUUUUUUCCAGCUGCACAGGAGAGUCAGGCAAAGUGAACCCCUACCCAUCUUUCUUGGCUUCUCAUAGUCAUUGUGUGCUGUUUUCUCUAGUUUGUUAAUAAAUUGAAACUACCCUUCCAACAAGAGGUUUUGGAAUUGUGAUUCAAAAAUAAAAUUCCUGCCCUGGC